CCCCGCCCCGUCUCUCGGAGCUGCUGCGGCCGCCACCGCCGCCGCCGCCGCAGCAGCAGCUGCAGGAGACCAGCGCGGGUACACCAGUGAAAGGCGCUCUGAGCCUGCUGAAAGGUGAAGAUCUGGGGAGAAGCUGGCAGGGCUGGGACUGGACAGGCCGGGCGGAGACGGGCUGCCAGCGCCCCGCGCUGACCGAGUACCCACGGAAAAACUACCAUCUCCUUAACCCACCAUGGCGGACGAAAUUGAUUUCACUACUGGUGAUGCUGGGGCUUCCAGCACUUACCCUAUGCAGUGCUCGGCCCUGCGCAAAAACGGCUUCGUGGUGCUCAAAGGACGACCAUGCAAAAUAGUGGAGAUGUCAACUUCCAAAACUGGAAAGCACGGUCAUGCCAAAGUACACCUUGUUGGAAUUGAUAUUUUCACAGGGAAAAAAUAUGAAGAUAUUUGCCCUUCUACUCACAACAUGGAUGUUCCAAAUAUUAAAAGAAAUGAUUAUCAACUGAUAUGCAUUCAGGAUGGUUACCUUUCCCUGCUGACAGAAACUGGAGAAGUCCGUGAAGAUCUUAAGCUGCCAGAAGGUGAACUAGGCAAAGAAAUAGAAGGAAAAUAUAAUGCAGGUGAAGAUGUACAGGUGUCUGUCAUGUGUGCCAUGAGUGAAGAGUAUGCUGUAGCCAUAAAACCCUGCAAAUAACGAGAACAUGAGACAUGAGCAAACUGCUUAGGUCUGGAUCAACUGAAGAUACAAAGUUUGAUUCUAAUUGCCACCAAAGCUAUGGCCUCAUAAGCAACAUCAUAUUCUCUCUCUCUCUCUCUCUCUCUCUCUCUCUCUCUCUCUCUCUCUCUAAUUGUGCUAGGUUGGUU